AUGACCAAAACCACCACCCUCACGCUCUCCCAAAAGAUUUCCCAGUCCAUCACCCCGGUUUCGGUCUGUCAAAACUUACCGUUCGACCGGUACGAACGCACGUGCGUGCAUUUGCAACGACAACUCGCGGUGUACCGGCUCGAAACGAACAUCGUGCAAAUCUAUCGACUCGGUCUCGGUUUUGUCUCUUUAGUCGAAGAGACGAUGAAGAAACACCACGCGUGGCGAGAAAACGAGAUGCGGUUUCAACGGUGGCAACGCGAGGCCGAGGACGUGUGCGGGGAGCUGGAGACGUUGAAAGGGGAGAUUAAUGCACUGGUUGGGGUGGAAAAGUAUUCGCACGCGACAUCGACGUUUAAGACGAUGAGGCGACCGCCGCCGGUGGCGAGAGAAGAAGAGACGAGCAAGGACGCUAUGUUGGUGGCGGUGGGGUCGUCGGUGUCGUCAAAGUCGUCCUCAGCGGCGGCGGCGACGAUGAGAGCAGUAGGCGCGGGAACGGCGGCGUCGACAUCGUCGUCGGCGGCGUCGCGACGAACAGAAGGCGCGGCGGCGAAGAGCGGGAAACACUCCUUAUUGAGCGGAGAGGUGAUUACGGAGAAGGUGAAAGGGCUGGAUAUAGGGGUGUCUUCGAAUAGUACUAAUAACAACAACAGAAACAACAACAAUACGGGCGCGAGCGACGCCUUCUUAGGCGAUUAUCGGUCGCCGGUGAGGUCUCUCAUGGACGACGAAAUCGGUUACGGCGAUUACGGUGACGGCGCGUUGAAACCGUCGACUCCUCCUCCACCUCCUCCUCUUCCGGUUCCGCCGCCGUCAUCGUACGAUUCGUACGAUUACGUUCCUUCCGCGGGAUCGAUCGAGUUCCGACCAUCCGUCGUCCUCCAACACGCGCAGAAACCACCUUCCUCUUCAGCCGCCUCCUUGGACCACCUCAAGUUGGACAAACGCCUCGAGCUUUACGGUUUGAAAGAGUUCAUCGUGAACGGGGACGGUAACUGUCAGUUUCGAGCGAUUAGCGACCAAUUAUACGGCGACCAAUCGCACCACGCUUCCGUGCGAGCGGUAGUUAUCGGGCAAAUGCGCGCCAGACCGGAUCGAUACGCCGCCUUCGUAGAAUCGCCGAGCGACGACAACCAAAACGAUACCACCACCGAGCUCGCAAACUACCACGCGUACCUCCGCAACAUGUCCAAACCCGGAUCCUGGGGCGACCACGUCACCCUCCAAGCCGCCUCCGACGCGUUCGGCCUCCCAUUUUGCGUCAUCACUUCCUACCGCGAUAACUUUGUUCUCGAAAUUCAGCCGGAAAAACGCAAACAUCAUCAACGAGUGAAUAAUAAUAAUAAUAACGAGGAGGAGGAGAAAGUGCUCUGGAUUUCCUUUUGGUCCGAGGUCCACUACAAUAGCUUAUACCCGAUAGAUUCCAGUAAGUUUAGUACAUAG